UCUUCAUUCAUCCUCUUUCAUGUGUUUUGGUCAUGGAGACCUCGAAUAAGGCUACUGCAUCUCCGUCUUCAACAUCAUCAAAUUUGAUUGUAUUUGCUAGAUUAUCUGGUCUUCUAGUUGCAGUGCUUGUUCUUGUUUGGGGCCUUUCCUGUCGAUCAAACUUCCUUUCUCACACCUCAUCAACUCACAAUGCUCACAUCUACUCUGUUUUUGUAAUCAUCAGCGGAGAAGCAAUAUUGGUGCAUAAAUGGUGUCCAGGGUCGAGAAAUUUGAAGAAAUUGGUACAUCUAACUAUGCAAGGAGUUGCUUUGGCAUCUGGCGCUCUCGGAAUUCGGGCAAACUUUAUCUAAUUUCUGUAGUUUACAUUCUUGGAUGGGUUUGAUCUGUAUCUCCUUGUUUGCUGCUCAGGUAAGCAUGCUCACUUGUGUGGUAUUACAGCUUAAAACUCAUAACAUGCCCCCUUUAGAUUAUUUC